AUGCUUCCCCAUCACGCCGUUGCGUGUCUUCUCGCCGCCGCCUUUGCGGCUGCAGCUCCUGCUGGCCACGAUAGGCACCCAACCGUGGUCAACACCACGACAGGUCGCUACGCACCGUACCUUGACGUAUCUCAACCAAACGUCGCUUCAUUCCUCGACAUCCCAUACGCCGAGAACCCAGCGGGCGACCUCCGGUUUGCUCCGCCCGUGGCAAAGUCGUAUCCUGGUGACGAGGUCGUGAGGGCAACCUCUCUUCCAGCUGGAUGCUUCCAGUACAUUGGCCCCAACUUCCGAGGCACCAUAGCUGAAAAUCUCAACGCCACGCUCCUUCAACACGGGGACUUCUCCAACACAACGGAGGAUUGCCUGCGACUCUCCGUGUUCGCGCCGAGUCGUGCAGUGGAAGAUGCGACCCGCAAAUGUGGACAAGGGAAUCACCAGCAAGACAAAGCCCUCCCGGUUGUUGUCUGGAUUCAUGGGGGUGGCUGGGCACUCGGGGGUAUCAAUGUCCCCUUUCAACUUGCUCCAAACUGGGUGGAGCGAAGCCAGGAGCACAUUGUGGUGCAAAUCCAGUAUCGUCUGAAUCUUCUCGGCAUGCCCGAUGCUGCUGGCCUGGCUGAGACUGGUAACAAUCUCAACUUGUUCGUGCUGGAUCAGAGACUGGCCGUCGAAUGGGUCCGGGACAACAUUGCUGUUUUUGGGGGAGAUCCAGAGCGUAUAACGUUAUGGGGUGAGAGCGCCGGCGCAUACUCGAGCGAUGGUUUCCUGUUUGCCUACCCGCACGAUCCCAUUGUCCAGGCCGUUGUCUCUGACUCUGGCAAUGCGGUCGCCAUGGGCAGCGUAGUCACUGGCCCAUCGGACCACAGUGCUUUCUCAACGGCCGCAAAGGCGCUUGGCUGUGGCGGCCUUGACCCAGGCGAGGAGCUCGCCUGCAUGCGCAAGGUACCUGCAUCGUCCAUCAAGCGAUAUAUACAAGCCGAUGCCGGUCAAGGCGGUGCCAUCGACGACGGCGCGGUGUUCAACGCCUUUGCUGAUAACGUGACGAUCUUUACCGACUACCAGCGGAGGAUCAAGGAAGCCGGCUCAGACUUCCCCAAGCAUAUCCCUCUUCUGAUCGGCACAAAUACCAACGAGGGGGCAGCCGUCGUGCCGUACGACUUCCCAGGCAGCGAGACAGCAACGCAACUUCCAGCCGACUUGGAAGCCAUAGCUGAUUUCUUUGAGAACACUCUAGACUGUUCCACCUCUGUGGAGGUCCAGCUCCGCGCUCAGGCCGGCGCGCCGACGUACCAGUACCUGUACGAUGGAAACUUUACCAACAUAUCCCCACGACCUUGGCUUGGUGCAUACCACACAGCAGAGUUGCCUUUGGUCUUCGGCACUCACGAGACCUACGGACCUUCCUCGCCGUUUGAGAAGCUGCUGAGUGAGAAGAUGCAGGAUCGGUGGCUGCAGUUUAUGAAGGAUCCGGCCAACGGUCUCAAAGCCGCAGGCUGGCCUCAAACAUCGGCGGGAGGGCAAAGAUCCCAGAUUGCCUUGUUGGGUGCUCGUGACGAGGUCGAGCAAAUUGUUGACGUUGGCAGCCUGCUCAUGGAUUGCCCCGAGGGCAGUGGUAGCUCGUAG